GCCAAGAAAUUUUCAUACACAUCGCGCGCACCCCCUGUACCCGCGAGCGGACCAUUCUGGCGGAUGCAGUGAAAACACCAAACACGAUUUGCACGAUUUUUCCCGAGGCUUCGGGUAGUGCGUGUAGCGCCCACCCCUUGCGGGGAGGAUAGGAGUGUGGGACCGAUACGUUGGCGAUAGCGCGCACGGCUCUCCCGGAAUAGCUUGACGGCUGCCAGGAGCAGCAGCAGCAGCAGCAGUAGCAACGGUGAGGGUGAGCAGCGACACAGGGACCACGAUCCACCAGGCAGUACACUCCAGGGUCCCAGGCCAAGAAUAGUUCAACAACUGGGACAGAUAAACAGGUUGCCAGCCCAACCCUUCCUGGCUUUGUUUUGUCGUUGUCACCGAAUCGACCCUGGGCUGAAAUUGGUCUGGUUCGGGCCGGAACUCCCAACACUCCGACCGCGGGGGAGGUUGAGCGCAUAGCGUUUCCAGUUGCGGGAAGCGCCCACUCCAUUUGCUGCUUCAUCCCGUGUACCGUGCGCCCUAGCAUGUGGUCGUUCUUCUCGCGCGACUCGUCGAAGGACUUUCCGUACGAGAUCGGCGAACCCGUGCCACAGUUCGAUGCAAAGAGCAUCUGGGCGCUUCACCGGGGCAAGCGGAAAGGCACCAACGAUGAGGUGUCGGUGUUCACGUACGACAUUCGGGCCGGCACGGACAUCAAGCUGGAGCUAGCGAAGGUUGCGCUCAAGCGGCUGAAAACUCUGCGUCAUCCCAGCAUCCUGCAGUUCCUCGACAGUCUCGAGACGGAUAAGAUGCUGUACGUGGCGACCGAACCGGUGGAGCCGCUCGGCACACACAUCACCCGGCUGGCCAGCGAGGGGCCGCAGCGGGAUCUCUAUCUGGCCUGGGGAAUCUUUCAAAUUACGCGAGCACUGUCGUUCCUGAACAAUGAUGGCAAUCUGCGGCACAACAAUGUUUCCGUUUGGUCCGUGUUCGUCAACACCGCCGGCGAGUGGAAGCUGGGGGGCCUUGAGUACGUCUCGUCUGCGGAUCUGCCGGCCGCACCACCGGUGAAAAUUCCUCCCUCGCUGGAAAUUUAUGAUCCGCCGGAGCGCAACGAUGCGAACAAGCUGCGGAUGGCGACGAAAUGCUCGAGCGACAUGUGGGGACUCGGCUGUCUCGUGUGGGAGUCGUUCAAUGGGCCGCUCAAAACGCGCGGCAACCUGAAGAACAUCGAGGGUAUACCAAAGUCACUUGCGCCGCUGUACUGUGAGCUGGUGGGCGCGGCACCGGCCAACCGCCCGAAUCCGGCGGAUGUCAUCACCAAGUGCCGCAAGCCGGGUGGCUUCUUCAAGAACGAGCUGGUAGAUUCGCUGCUCUUUCUGGAGGAAAUCCAGAUUAAGGAUAAGGCGGAGAAGACGCGGUUCUUCAGCGCGCUCACCGCACAGCUGGACAACUUUCCCGACACCGUGUGCAGACACAAAAUACUACCGCAACUUAUAACGGCCUACGAGUACGGUGAUGCCGGAUCCGCCGUAUUGGCACCGAUGUUCAAGUUGGGACGAUUGCUUGACGAAGCGGAAUACCAGAAGCGCAUCGUACCGUGCGUGGUGAAGCUGUUCGCCUCAACCGAUCGUGUCACACGAUCGCGUCUGCUGCAGCAGCUCGAUCUCUUCAUCUCGCACCUACAGCCGAACGUGGUGAACGAUCAGAUUUUCCCCCAGAUUGCACACGGCUUCCUCGAUACCAAUCCGACUAUUCGGGAGCAAACGGUUAAGUCCAUUAUUCACCUAGCGCCGAAACUGAACUAUAACAAUUUGAACGUCGAGGUGCUGCGCCAUUUUGCGCGCCUACAAUCUCGCGACGAUCAGGGCGGUAUUCGAACGAACACAACCGUCUGCCUGGGCAAGAUAGCGCCGCAUCUGCAUCCACAGGUACGGCAACGUGUGCUUGUGUCGGCAUUCAUACGCGCGAUGCGGGAUCCCUUUCCACCGUCGCGCGUCGCCGGCAUCCUAGCGCUAGCCGCCACCCAGCACUAUUUCCUGCUUAACGAGGUCGCGACCCGCAUUCUGCCCGCCCUCUGCCCCUUGACGAUGGACCCGGAGAAGUCGGUGCGCGAUCCGGCAUUCAAAACGAUUCGCGGCUUUCUCGGCAAGCUGGAAAAGGUGUCCGAGGAUCCCAGUCUCCGGGAGAGCAUGGAGGCUGACGUCCACACGGCUACGCCUUCGCUGGGUAACGCGGCCGCCACCUGGGCCGGUUGGGCCGUGACCGCCGUGACAGCCAAAUUCUACCGCAGUCAGAGCGAUACUGCCCGGCCGCGCCCGCCUUUAACCGGUAAAACAUUGAGUAAACCUGCUUCUUUGGAGCAACCAUCGAGUAGCAGCAUUUCGACCACUACUAGCAGCGUCACCUCGAUGACCUCGCUGGAGCACGAAAGUGCCGAUACUUCGGCAUCGGCUAGCGAUUACGGUCCGGACAAUUGGGACCAAGAAAACUGGGGCGACAUGGACACUUCGCAGGAUCCAAGCAGCCCAAUGGCCGGAACGUCGAACCAGCUGAACACCACUCUCAACAUGGUCGGCAGUGUAAGUGACGUGCGUGACGGUUGGGACAACGAGGACUGGGGCAGCUUGGAGGAGGAUCCGAAUGAAACGGAACUGAACGAAAAGGACGAAGAUGAGCACAAUCAGCAAACGCAGCAGCAGAAGCACGCGGCGACGGUGAUGCGCCCGUCACCGUACGCUGGAGCGCUGUCGUCGAUCAACAGCCCAACCACUAUCAACUCUGCGGGCACGAGCAUCACCGCUACCACCCCUAUCACCACAGCCGGUAGUAGCAGCAAUAAUAGUACCACCAACAACACGACCAGCUCCUCGGUGACUAGUAGCACGGUGGUAAAGGGCAGUAGUAACUGCAGCAGUAGUUUCAACAACAGCAGCAACAGUAGUAGCAGCAACAGCAGCAGCAGUACCACCGCCAGCACCACGAACAACAACAACAACCUACUGAAUCACACGGGCAGCCCAAGCAAGAUGAUCGCGAUGAAGAACAUGAACAACCUGCUGAAUAGUACGGCAGCUGGAGGUGCGGCACCGGUGACCGCCACCAGUAACACAACCACAACCAGCACCUCUAGCUGGAACAACGGUGGCGAUGGUUGGGGCGAAGGAGACUUCGAGCCACUGGAUGAACCAACCACGGGAAAUCUGAAGCUGGACGAAGCACGGCGGAAACGUGAAGAGAAGAAAAUGCAGCGGCAGCGUGAGCUCGAAGCCAGGCGAGCAGCCCGUGCCGUGGGUGCUGGCAGCGGGCCCAUGAAGCUGGGAGUGAAGAAGAUUUAAGAUCACUCUACCACAACUACGAAGUUGCUUAAGCUGCGUGCAGUUAACGGUGGCAAAUGACAACCUGCUACAACCAACCAGCAACAAUGUGUGACUGCAGUGUGGUGAAGCCUUUUUAGGAUGUUAAUAGCUUAGGAGGACAGUCACCUUUUCGCCCAUCAAUUUCCCAGACUGUCUAGAUACGUGUAGACCCAGCACUACCCCAUACGAGGUGCAUGUUGUAUGUACGAUGGCAACACGAGCAAAAACUGCUGGAGAAUUUGAACGAUAUUUGUUAAAAAAAACCGGUUUGUUGGCUGGUACAGCAAGAAACUCUUUGCCAUGACGGAGGUAAAUGCCGAGAUGUCAUGCCAUAAAAUGUUGUGAAGCGAAAUGAUACAAUCUAAAAAAGGGAAGAAAGGCCAUACAAUUCAACAUUUCGGCCUCCGGUUUGCUUGGCGCAGUAACAGAAUGAAUCCUGGAUUGGCUAGCCCGAUUUGAGGGUGUUGGCAACCGUGCUCCUGGCUCGUGGCUCAACAGUCUUUCAGAAGCCUAGGCAUGCUCUCGUCAAUACUCAAAGCAAGGCCUACAACUACUAGGAUUUAGUUUUGUUUCACGUGACAAUCCAAUGGGCAAGCAUUGGUUUUCUUCCGGUUUGAGUAUGAUAAGGCGGGGUAUUUCUUCUUAUUUUUGUGGCGAAGCAAGCAAUGUAUAUAGCCAAUAGAAUUAGCAAUGUGCUAAUAGAAUAACUAGCGGAACCAAUGGUGUGAUUCUUGGCAGACACUGUGACCAUUCCAGCGGACGGGAAAACAGAAAAUGAACCGAAAAAAGAACACAAAAAUCCUUUAAUCAGUAAAACAAUUAACUUGAAAAUCGGUGUUGGAAGAGUUGUUUGCGACGACGGCGGGCGUGAUCGGCCAAAACAUUAAACAAAAAAAAAAGAAAACUUUGCAACUCGAUGCAAACCUUGCAAAACAUGAUAAGUCAGAUAGCUUUAAUAGAAAAUAUACGAAUUUAUAUUCUUUGAAUCAAUGCACAUCGACGCCGGCGAGCUAGGAUCGAGUGCGAACCCGCGCGAAUCGUAUUGGCGUAACCGGUGGGACAAGAGAGGGUCACUAUUUGUAUGGUUUUGGAAUGCAUUUCUGCUAUCAGGGUAUGUACAUUAGCACGCGCUAGCGGGAACGGUUAGCGUGUGGCCCAGUGCUCCCCAGUGGCCUGGUAGUAGGGACUCGGUUUAUGGAGGGGAAGUGGCUCUACACGGUACCAGAGCCGUCACGGCACGUCUCUAGCCGAAACUGUUAAAUUAGAAACCGGAUUAUACAAUUGGCAAUCUGUAACCCUCCACAAAUUCUUCAUUCCCAUAGUCCGACCCUUCAUCGCUGUUGUCGCUUCGAUUUCUCGCUGAAGGAGUCCCGGUGUCAUUGGAUUUGACCGGUUCCAUGUCGAUUACCGUUCCGUAGGGCGGCUCUAUUCCAUUUCACUGAUUGUGCUUGGAAUGUGCCAGUUUCCCUCAGUGUACGGAACCCGUAUUUAUUUCUCUACUCCACCUCUCUUCCUACACCUUCUCCUACCACCAAGAUCAUCUUCCCCCUCUCUCUCUCUCUUUCUCUCCCACACAACGGCCCUUCCAUGGGACGAAUCGAAUCUAGAUAGGUAGAGUAAACUAUUUGAGAAGAAUACAAACAAAUUAAAAAGAAAAAGAAAGAUACUAGAGACACGAGCGCGAGAGUAGCGAGGGCUAAAGAUGAAACGACCUGGAGGUAGGGAUUACAAACCGAGGACACAGGAGGAUAGAGAGAAACUGAUACACACAACCUAGGUAGCGUAAAAUUCGUAUUCGUAACCGUAAAUAGAAGCACUUCAGUCAUUUUUAAAAGAAAUACAGCACACGACCACAAAUUAUGCAAAUGUUCUUUAAACAGUAAACAGAAUAGUGAAGAAAAAAAAAAGAAGAACGGUGGAAACUCAACCACACAAUCGCGUGAACCGCUCGCAAGGGCACUGAAGAAAACAAGCAAGAAAUAAGCGAAAACUCCGGAUGAUGAAUGGCAUUCAGGAAGCAUUAGAUGAGAAACAAUCACAUCGUACGGUCUGUAAUUGGGUGUCGGAGUGACGAUGGCUCCGUAUGCCUCUUCGAAUGAAACUUCCCGUCCCUCUUCACCCUCCCACACAUGUUUCCCUGCUCGGCUUUCCGUUCGCUUCCUAUGUUACCUCCAUCAUCUGCCUUUCUCCUGUUUGGCGCGAUCGAUAAACUCCCCUUGCGAUCGUUAGUUGGCUUGGCUUUGAAGAGUUUUGCAGUUGCAGUGGCUUUUGGAGAUCAGUAAGAUGCACCUACGGGCCCGGUCCCGACUGUCAGACCAAAAAGAAGUAAGAUGCGGAUGAUACGGAGCAGUACGGUCAAGGGACAGUUUAGUUGGUUGGAAAAGUCGCAAAGCAAGAGAAGCAGCACAUUGCAUGUAUCAUUGUGAUCACUGGUUCAGUGGCUCGUCGAAAGCGUAUAAAGCUCCCGUUGGCGAUAGUGGCGUCUGCCAUUAGCAAGCAUGCUAGUACUGAGUCUUGGCUGUUGCCUGGAACAUAAUUUAAUUAACCGAAGAAGGAAAAAAGCAAGGAAAACAAGUCGAAGCAGGAGAGCGGCAAUUUAUUAAUAGAGGAGAAGAUGGAUUAGGAUGAAGACGAAAAAUAGAAAGCGAGCAAAACAAUGCCUUUUAUUAGCGACAAACGGUUGGGACACAACUCCUAAAAUGAGGAAAGGCUGGAAUAAAACAGAGAUUGGAAUCAUAUACGUAAAUAUCA